GUGACACGGACUUGAGUGGUUGUAAAUUAUCAAAAAAUGUCAAAAAUGCAUCGCAUCUCGGAAGGUUCGGAACCUAAAGAGAGGUCAUCAAGUACAACGGAUACCGAUAAUAGCAGUGAUGAAAUAGAAGAUUUGAGUCCUCCUUUGAAGCAAAAUCGAUCAAAUUCCUUGUUUGGGUACCGCAACAAGCAACCGCAAUCUCUUCAUAGCAUCGUUAUGUUCCAAGCGACAAACAGCGAUUUUACGGCUAACAAUAACAACAAUAGCAACGAAUUGCUCGCAGCAGCUGUCGUACCGUCGUUGCCACCCAGUCGACGAAUGACAGGAACGUCGGAAGAUGUGCGGGAAAAGGCAUUUCGCAUGGCAGUUGCUCGAAAUCAGCAUCAGCAGAUGAGUCAACAGUUGAUGGUAAUGCUCCAAGGACACGUUUUUGGCAGUCAUACGUCGUUGCGAUCGAAUCACGAAGUCAUCAUGAACGAAAUUGCCAAAGUUGCCAACAGAAAAGACGAGUUUGGAUAUCGCGGCGUUUCGACCACACUCUCGGCGCUUUAUGCGAAAAUUGUGGUUUUCAUGGGAAUUGCGUUUCCUGUGACGGAUGUCAUUUCCACAAAAACCACGCCGUCGUUUUAUCAAGGCUUUUAUUUGUAUUUGUAUGUCGUGAGUGUCGCAUUUGUUGCCUUUGUUUACGCCAGUCACUUCCGGAAUACGGUAGUAACGAACAUAAUCGAUCAAUUUGGGAGCAGUAUUGACAAGGAAGAGAUGAAUCGGAGGAAGCAUGAGACACGGCAUGGGUCUUUUUACUUGAGAGUUGGAGCCAUAGCAUUCGGCGUUGGCAGUAUGGUGUACACGGGACUGGAAUUUGGGCAAUAUUUCGAAUUAAAAGACGACGAUCAAUGCCAAAAUGUCCUCGUUGCAAUCACGCCCGUUGCUCGUUUGUGUCUCUCCUUGGUUCAAAUGCAUUUCCUGUUCAUCUACUCCAAACUUUCGCUCCUGAGAAACCACAAAGUACUCGCAAAAUUCGGUUUAAUGCACUUGCUGGCAACAAAUUUAUGUGAAUGGCUCUUUGUCUUGAUCGAAGAAGCGAAACACGAAAUUGUGCAUGUCUCAAUGCGAGGACUUGACGGUAUCCAUUCAUUAAAUGACAGCUUGGAACAUCAUCACGAAAUCCAUCGACGAGCUACGGGAACGGAUAUCUUCGUGGAAUGUCGUCGAACGAACAUUAUGGGAAAUUUAGUGCAAAAUGCGGCGCCUUUUUUGUUCCCAUGUACCAUUGAAUAUUCGCUUAUUUGUGCCGUGAUUCUCUUUGAAAUGUGGAAACAUUUGUGUUCGGACGAGUAUUCGAUUCGACAACAUCCCGCCACGGUUUCGAAGGAUUCGCAUCAAUUAUCGAUCAAUUGUGCUGGAUCACAUCGCGGAAUGUUUUGCGGCAUUUUAAUCGUUGUUUUGACAAUUAUUUCGCUGAUUAUGUAUUUCGUCUUGUCCAAAGAGGAACGAGAGUAUUACCAAGCUUCGGCCGUUAAAGAAGUCACUUACUGCGAAAUUCUCCUGUAUUUCUUGAUGGCAAUCGCAAUUGUCGUCGCUGCAUUCAAAAUGAAGGUUUUACGUUACUCCAGCAAGCGACGCGAUACCACAAUGAGUCUCGAUUGCACUUUAUUGCUCGUCGCACAAAGCGGCAUCUACAUUUAUUGCAUGUUCAGUGUCAUCGGAUGUUAUUUUGCGAUUUCCAAGGAUGGCACGGAAGAUUUUGGGGCAUUUAUGGGAAUGAUUUGUGAGAUAAUUUGCAUCGUUCAAACGACACUUCAGACGUUGUUCAUUUUGCACGGUUGGUGGAAACGAUGCAAAGGCUCCGAACAACGACGCAAGAAGCCGGGAAGGCAGUUUAUUACGUUUUUGUUGAUCGCGAACAUGUCAAUGUGGAUACUGAACUGUUUGAUAAAACAACGAGCGGAGUUUAGACCGACACAUAUGGAGGUCUUUGGGAUAUGGGCAUGGACUAUUUUGACACAUAUUUCGAUGCCGUUGGCGAUUUUUUAUCGUUUUCACUCCACAAUCUGCUUAUUUGAGAUCUGGAAGACGACCUACAAGUUCAAGCCAGCCAUUCAUACGAAGCACGAGAGUCAUCAAAACAAUCAAGGACUUCCUCAGAGUCAAUCCCAUCCAAAAAUCAAAGUUACAAGUGCUUAAAAAAAUUUUUCUUAAAAACAUUUGCAAAUAUUUACCCCAUAAUAAGCUAAAAUAUCUACUAAACAAAAAAUGUAGUGAAAUAGAGACUAGACACUCAA